AUGGCCAAGGAGAUGAGGGGUUUCCGUUCUUGGAUUGAAGUAGCUCCAGCUCCCAUCAUUUAUCCUCAUAAGCCUUCAAAUUCUCCCCGUUUGGAGACGAUAACCGAAGAGGGCCUCGGAAUAAGGAGAUCUAUUAGCAAAUCUCUCCCAACUACUCAGGGCUCCACAACCAAUGCUGUGAGAAGUUGCAGGCAAGUGGAAGCUCUGUUUCCCACGUAUUUGUAUUCAGCAAUGGCAAAGGAGAUCAAAGAUUUGCGCUCUUGGAUUGAAGUUACUCCAGCCCUCUUCAUUUCUUUGCGUAAGACUUCUAGUUCCCCUUCUUUGGAGACCAUUACAGAAGAGGAGGCUGAGGACAGGGAAGAUGAUAAAUAA